AAAAAUGGCAAUGGCAGAUCACGGUCCAGGAAUGGCAGCCCUGCAAGGAUGGGGAGCUCAAAACGUGGCGCAUGGAGCAGCCAAUCAGACCGUCGUGGACAAAGUAUCCGCCGACAUGCUCCACAUGGUCGACGCUCACUGGUACCAGUUUCCACCAAUGAACCCUCUCUGGCACGCUAUCCUGGGAUUCACAAUUGGCGUUUUGGGAUUCAUCUCAAUCGCUGGCAACGGCAUGGUUAUCUACAUAUUCUCAACGACAAAAAGCUUGAAGACGCCAUCAAACUUACUUGUAGUCAACCUGGCUUUCUCCGAUUUCCUGAUGAUGUGCUCGAUGGCCCCGGCUAUGGUAAUUAAUUGCUACUACGAAACAUGGGUAUUUGGUCCGUUUGCAUGUGAACUCUAUGGUUGCGCUGGUUCGUUAUUUGGAUGCGCAUCUAUCUGGACCAUGACCAUGAUCGCUUUCGACCGCUACAACGUUAUCGUGAAGGGCAUCGCCGCAAAGCCUAUGACCAAGUCUGGGGCCUUACAACGUAUUCUCGGAAUCUGGCUAUUCGCACUUGCGUGGACUCUUGCUCCAUUCUUCGGCUGGAACCGUUACGUGCCUGAAGGAAACAUGACUGCUUGCGGAACUGACUACUUGACUAAGGACUUCUUGAGCAGAAGCUACAUCAUUGUUUACUCUGUCUUCGUGUACUUCUUGCCUCUUCUGCUUAUCAUCUACUCUUACUACUUCAUUGUUCAGGCUGUAUCUGCUCACGAAAAAGCUAUGAGGGACCAAGCUAAGAAAAUGAACGUGGCUUCUCUCAGAUCAUCUGAAGCGGCUAAUACCAGCGCUGAGUGCAAAUUGGCUAAAGUAGCUCUGAUGACCAUCUCUCUGUGGUUCAUGGCGUGGACCCCCUACUUGGUGAUCAACUAUACCGGAGUAUUUGAGAGUGCACCCAUCAGUCCACUGGCCACUAUCUGGGGAUCAUUGUUCGCCAAGGCUAAUGCCGUGUAUAAUCCUAUUGUAUAUGGUAUCAGCCACCCUAAGUAUCGUGCUGUUCUGUACCAGAAGUUCCCCGCACUUGCGUGCACAGUGUCACCUGAUGAGGGCGGCUCCGUGGCGACGGGCGCCACCGUCGUCUCAGACGAGAAGCCUGCUGCCUAGACAGCGUUCUAUUGGACAACAUCACGACGACCCCACGCUGCUCAUUGGACAAAUGAUUCUGCCAUUAUUGUAUUUGUAAUUCCACAUUUUCACUUGUACAAAGCUGUUAUCUUAAUCACAACUAUUGCAAUGUUCCGUUAUUGUAUAAAGCGCCUGUACAUUUUGUGUGGACGUUGUAUACAUUGAACGGUGCAUUACUCAUAGUUUUGAUUUUAACCUUCACUAAACAUCGUUGGACGACAC